AAAGCCGAUUUUAUCGGACUACCCGAUGACGUCACACUUCCACGUUUGAUUCAAGAUGGCGACAUCUAUGGAGAUGAAGUUCCUUGUUAUAUUGUGUGCUUUAGCAGCUAGAGUCAGCUAUGGGUUUUACAUUCCGGGGGUUGCACCAAACGACUUCAACAAAGGGGAUCCAGUGGAUGUCAAGGGUGUGAAGCUGACAAGUAUCAAGACCCAACUUCCCAUGGAGUUCUACAGGGCUCCAUUCUGUGAGCCAGUCGGAGGGGCAGAGUUCAAACCAGAAAAUCUUGGUGAGGUUUUGCGGGGAGAUAGAAUUGUAACUACAGCAUACAAUAUUAAAGCAUUGCAGAACGAGCCAUGUUCCCUGCUUUGUAAAGAGCAGCCAUCCAAGAAACUGUCAGUGAAGGAAUCCAAGAUCCUGGUGGACCUCAUCAAAAAUGACUACUAUGUCCACCUGUUGGUGGACAACCUGCCGUGUGCUACCAAGUUCCAGAUGCUGGACUCCAAGGCUGACCAGUAUGAGCAUGGCUACAGGCUCGGCUUUGAGAAGGAUGGCAAAUUUUACCUCAACAACCAUCUGAGUAUUGACUUGAUGUACCAUCAAGAUGAAGUUGCAAACACAUACCGAGUAGUGGGCUUUGAGGUGCAGCCAGUCAGCCGUGCCAUCAGUAACAUUGACAUCAAGGAUGCAAACUGCGCUGUGAAAGCUGAUAUUGCUCAGAAGACACCAGAUCCCAUGCAGAUUGAGCCGAAAGACGGGCAGGAGGUUAUGUUCACAUAUGAGGUUACCUGGCACAAGAGUGACCUGAAGUGGGCCUCACGCUGGGACACCUACCUCACAAUGACUGACGUACAGAUUCAUUGGUUUUCCAUUGUCAACUCUGUUGUCGUUGUUUUUUUCCUCUCGGGCAUUCUGACAAUGAUCAUGGUGAGAACCCUGAGGAAGGAUAUUGCCAAGUACAACAGGGAUGAGGAUUUGGAAGAGACCAUGGAAGAAUCCGGCUGGAAGCUGGUGCACGGUGAUGUGUUCCGUCCUCCCAAGAGCAACAAGCUCCUCUCCUCCCUGCUGGGCGCCGGCAUCCAGGUCUUCUGUAUGGCACUCAUCACUGUCGUUUUUGCCAUGUUUGGUAUGUUGUCGCCAGCCUCUAGGGGAGCCCUUAUGACUGCUGCCCUCUUUCUGUUUGUGUUCAUGGGAUUGGUAGGUGGGUACUUCGCUGCUAGGAUCUACAAAACAAUGAAGGGUGCUCAGUGGAAAAAGUCAGCUCUCCAGACAGCCACAUUGUACCCAGGGUUUAUAUUCUGCAUCUGCUUCGUCCUGAACUUCUUCAUCUGGGGCAAGCACUCAUCAGGGGCUGUCCCCUUCACCACCAUGUUGGCCCUGCUCUGUAUGUGGUUCGGCAUCUCCCUGCCACUCGUAUUCCUAGGGUACUACUUUGGCUUCCGGAAACAGGCUUACCAGCACCCUGUGCGAACAAACCAGAUCCCAAGGCAGGUACCAGAACAGGCCUGGUAUAUGAACACAUUCGCCAGUAUUUUGAUGGCUGGUAUCUUGCCGUUCGGAGCCAUGUUUAUUGAGCUGUUCUUUAUAUUCACUGCUAUCUGGGAGAACCAGUUCUACUACCUGUUCGGUUUCCUGUUCCUGGUGUUCGUCAUCCUGCUCAUCUCCGUCUCCCAGAUUUCCAUCGUCAUGGUCUACUUCCAGCUAUGUGGCGAGGACUACCACUGGUGGUGGAGAUCAUUCAUUGUUUCUGGAGGAUCUGCCGUCUACAUAUUUGCCUACUCCAUCUUUUACUUCAUUACCAAGCUGGAGAUCACUGCAUUUGUAUCCACCUUGUUGUACUUCGGAUACACGCUACUGAUGGUAACUACGUUUUGGCUGCUCACAGGGACUAUCGGAUUUUAUGCAGCCUACUGGUUCAUUAGGAAAAUCUACAGUGCUAUAAAAAUAGACUGAUGCUCUCACUCUGUGAUAGAUUUUAAAGACAGUAAUAUAUCACUUCACAUGUUUAACAUUUGUUUGAUGGGUUGAAAUUGCACAUAACUGUGGUAUGCACAUAUCUUUUGUGAUAUGAUUGGUAUUUCCUGAAGUGGGAAAAGUGAAUAGCUAUGAACAAGACAAUCUCAUUUGCUAAGACUUUUACAUGAUAGACAUGACUCUGGGAUACAAUGUAAUGAUUAUAGUAAAUCACAUUUUGGAAAGUCUAAUACUCUUGGACAUCAACGAUAGAUCCUGGAAAUGUUUGAUAGCAUUGAUAACUAUAUACAUAUAGUAAAGCAUUAGUAUCUGUUUUGAUUGACAAGAGGCAAUAGGUUUGACUGUUCCAAUGUGAUAUAAGAUUAGUUUUAUGUGACUGGGAAGUUGCAUUUAUCAGUGCCAAUAUCGAAGGAGUAUGGCACUUGUAUAAGUAAGGUACAAAAUGCAGUGCAUGUGUUUCUAACUUUGGGGUUUGUUACUUUGGGGUAUGUUAGUAUUGUAAUCUUACAGGUGUACACCAGGUUCUUCAUGUAGUUGGCUUGAGUAGGGGGCUUCAGAAGCUGAUGAAUUCCAUGUUUUGUUGUUGUUGUUGUUUUUCCAUGUUUGAGAGAUUUUUUUUAUUUGUUAAGAUUUUAUUCCAAGUUCAUACAAAAGAUUGAAUGAUUUUAAUGGACAUAAAUCUAUAUAACUAUUGUAUACUACUUUGCAUAUGAUUUAGGUUUGAAUCAUGUGUAUUUCAUUAACAAUAUGUUUGGUUAUAUUCUAUUUAGUAGAUCAGUCAAGUUGUGAUUCUUCAUGUUUAAUAGUUGAACGAUUGCUUCUCCUGUAUAUAUCUGUGAUGUGAAUACCCUGCAAAUAAUUAACAGUUGUCAACUGUACCCAUCCAUCCAUUGUUAAAAAGAUGCUUAUUUGUCUUCUUUUUUUUCCAAUGAUAUGUAAAUAAGUUAACAGAGCAUUAGGAUAUAUAUUCAAUACAUUGAGAAAAGCAAACUUUUAUGAUUACAGAUUUAAAGAUGAUAUGCAGAUAUCAUUUUAAGUUUGGAAAUGUUUAUGUCUGUGAAGUUUCAACUUUAUCUGGCCUAAAAAUCAAUGAAUGCAUGAAUAAAUAAGGGCCAACCUUUUUUUUAUUACUUUAUGAAAUUAAACUUAAACUAUAAUUCCUAGCCAUAAAAUCAAGCUAUAAUGCUUUCAUGGUAGUUUGGUGUUGAGAAUCUUACGAAUAAAACACCUUGCACUUGGAUGUUAUAACAAAUGUGUUGAGCAUAUUUAAGCCAUGUGUGACAAAAAAGGUCGUGUUGGCAUACAUGUACUAAACUUAUGUCAAGAUAUUGUUGACUACAGUUGUUGUUUGUUCUAAAAUAACAUACAUGUAUAUGCAUCCUUUCUUAGUUUGGGAUAAAUUUGCACAUUAAAACGCUCCAGACCAGGGUGAUUCAUUCAAUUUUUAGUGGAUAGAAUUAUAAACAACACCCUUAUGAAGUUAUUUUUUUUUUUUUUUUAGAAAAAAAAUAUGAACAAUUUAACUCCUUUUUUUAGGAAAAUAUUAAAUAUGUUUCUUCAGCAAUGUGAAAGAUUGUCUACAAAAUCCUUUAUUGCUAGUUGGGCUUCAUAUAUCUACAAAUUAUAUGUGGGAUUGAAUCUUCUACACUGUAAUGAUUGUUACUACUAUAAUGUACACUAAUCAUGUGCUUCUUUUCAUUUAACAUUGUAUUAUUUAUUCCAUGAUUGUUUCUAUUAAGUAGUUAUAUUAUUUAUGAGUUAUUAAAUCGCUGUACAUAUUGGAAGAAAUACAAAUGAUGGACCG